CAACGGUAGUAGAAGAUUAUCAAUCUCUCCUGUACAUCAUUCAUUAAUUUAUUAUCAGAUUGAAAUCUACCUUGCUCCAUAGUGUUUAGUAGUAUUUAAUCAUGUUUAAAAAGUUACAAAGCAAAGUAGCCCAACAGGUUACGAAUAGGGAGGCUUUCAAGUUUCAAUUUAACCUUUCUAUUGAUCACUUGACCGAAGUGAAGGAAAAGAAGAAGGAUGAAUGUACCUAUGCUAUAUUUUGGAAAAGAGGAAAAAAGAGAAAGGGUGAAACCGAAUUUAACAAGAUUGAAGGUACCCGUAUUAUUUGGAAUAGAACAUUUAAAUUCAAUGGAACUCUCUAUUUUAAAAAGGGUAAAUUCCAAAAGAAAGAUCUUCAAAUCACAUUGGAAGAGAAAGGAAAGAAUGGAAAAACAAAUACACUUGUGAAGGAAACUUUGGAUUUGGCAUUGUUUGUAGAUGAAGAUUCUGAAAAGACAUCCACAAAGGAAAUAGACAUGCCAACAAAGGAUAGUAGCAAGGCCAAAUUGAAACUUGUUAUCAAUUCUAAAUGUUUAAAGGAUCAAAAUCCAAAUGAUGAUGAUUUUACUGCUGUUAGUACUUAUACUGGAGGUAAUGAUGAAGUCGAUGAAGAUGAAGGAACAAAUCAAGAUAUUGGUGAGGAUAAGGAUGAGGAAGAACACGAAGAGCACGACUAUAAUGAUCAUGAGGAACAUAAUUAUGACGAAGAGGAUCAUCAUGAACCUGAAGUUGAAGUAAAUGAAGAGGAUAUUGAAAGAGAUAUCGAAGAGCAAAUAAAGGACGAAGAAGAACAUCCUGAGGAACACCACGAUGAAGAACCAGAAGAAGAGGAUGAACAAGUUGAAAAGGGAACCGAAGAUGAGGAUGAAGAAAAUAAUCAGCACACUGAAACUGAUGAAUCUGCUCAAGUUUCAUCACAUGUAGAUACUGCUGAAUUUGAAAGACAAAUUAAUCACCUCAAGAGAAAGGUAAAAUUGCUCUUGAAACAAGUCAAGACUCUCAAAGAAAAUGACAAGACUAAUUUGCUUAAAAAGGUUCAAAAAGAAAGAGAUUCAGCUGUUGAAAAACUUAAAAAUCUCCAAAGAGAAAAUGAAGAUUUGAUAAAACAAAGAGACAAGGCUCAGGAAUCUCAACAAGAAGUUGAUAGCAAGCUCUUUGAACUUCAAUUAAAGCAAAAGCAAGCUCAAAAGAAUGAAACAGAAAUUAAAAAGUUGAAGGAUAGAAUCAAGGACCUUGAAGAAGAAAAUGAAAAUGGUCGUGCAUCAUCUUCAAAGCAAAAACAAUCCCUCUCAUACGAAUAUGACGAAAAGGUUCAAAAUUUGGAAGAAGAAAUCAAGAAUAUGAGAGAACAAGCUAAGGAAUAUGAGGAACAACUCAUUGCAGACAAGAAGCAAAUGGAUAAAAUGAAGAGAGAAAAUGAAAAACUUCAAGAAGAUAUGAAAUCACAAAAGGUAACCAAUGAAAAAGACUUGUCAGAAAGCAAAACUCGUUAUGAAAAUGAGAUUGAUCAGCUAAAGAAAGAAUUUAGUUCCAAAGAGACAAAGAGAAAGGUAGAAAUUGAAGAACUUGAAACAGACAUUAAUAGAUUGAAGGAAGAAAGAAAGGGUUUGGCUGAAUUGGUUUCUCAACAAAGUAAGGAAAUAUCUUCUGCAACUAAGCAUAGAGAGCUACUUCUUUCUUGUCUUUUGGAGUUUAGAACACUCAAGACUAAGAUUCAAAACACCCUUCUUCAAACAGCAACCCAAUUGGGUAAUAGUGAUGAGCUUUCAAGCAUUCUUACUCACUCUGACUCAUUUUCUGAUAUUGUUGAAAAUAUGAGAAACGGUAUUUCUGAUGAGAGUAUUAUGAAGGCUAAGCAAACAUUAGAAAAUGAAGUUAAGGAAGAGAUUUCUGCUGUAUCCGAAGUAUUAACCUCCAAUAUUGUACAAAUUCAAAAUACCAAUACUAUGAUACAGGAAAAGAAUGAAUCAUUGGAAAGAAAUUUACAAGAUAUCAAGAAGGAAAGAGAUGACUUGGCAUCCAAGAUAUCAGCUUUGAACAUUCAAUUGACACAAUCCAUAGAAACUCGCAACAAACAAGAGGAAGCUGCUACCAAGGAAAAGGAAUCUCUCAAGAAACAAAUGGAAAACCUCAAACAGGAAUACCUCUCCAAGGAUAAUGAAUAUUCAACAAAGAUGUCAAUGCUGAAAUCAGGAAAGGAAGCACUCGCAUUAGAUUUGAAGAAGGUUACUGAUGAGGUUGAACGUCUUAAGGAUGAAUUAAAGAAGGAAAAGAAUGCACACUCACAAGAUGUUGAAAAGGCCACCCAAAAAUGGCAAUCCUCAGAAAAGAGCAAGGCAGAAAUGCAAGAUUCUCUCCAAAAAGAAAUUUCUGAACUUAAAGAAAGAGUGGAAGAUGUCAAGAAGCAAUCAUCUCAACACACUGACGAAGUUGUUAUUCAAAUCGAAAACAAGCUUUCAGAAUACCAAGAAAAAUGUUCAAAAGUUGAAGAGAAGAACAGAAACCUUACUCAAGAGUUAGAGAACCUCAACCAAUCCCUUGAAUCUUAUAAGAAGAAGGUAGAAGAUGUUACCUCAGAGCUAGAAGCUGCUAUUAGUGAAACCAAACAAAUAGAGAAGAGCUGCGAAGAAAAAGAUAAGGAUAUUGAGAGCUACAAACAACAAGUUGAAGACUUGAAAGAAGAAUGCAAGAAAUUGAAAGAAGCUAGCAAGCAAGUGGAAGAAUUGUUGCUUGAGGAAAUUACACAUUUGAAAAACACGAUUGGGGAACUGAAACAAGAAGCUAGUCGCCACUUCUCUACUGUUUUAGAAACAUUUAAUGAGGUUUCUGAUAUUAAUUCCGAGGCAAGAAAACUAAAGUCAACUGAAGUGGAUUUGAACAAACUUGUCGAAUCAUUAAGAGAAGAGAGAAAGAAUCUAGAUAUUGAGAUUACCACUAUCAAGAGCAAGAAUCAGCAAUUGGAAGAAAAGAUCAAAGAAAAGGAAAAAGACCUAUCUGAAAAAAUUUUAGAAAUUGAAAGUUUGUCAAAGAAUUCUGCUUCCAUGGAUGAUAUUGUCAAGAAGCAAAAAACAACUCUCGAAAAGAAGCUUGGAGAAACGGAAAAGAAACUAGGUGAUACAGAAAAGAAGCUUACAGAGAGUGAAACCCAAGUGAUAAAAUUGAAUGAACUUAUUGAUUCAAAGGUUGAGGAACUUGAAACUCUCAGACAACAAGUCGCAAAGGCUGAAGAAGAUUCUAAAAAGCAAGCCAUGGAAUGCAAGAAGCUUUCUGGACAACUUCAAGUGUUGGAAGAUGACAAUAGCCAAAAGGAUUCAAAGAUUGAAGAGUUGGAACAAGAUCUAGACAGUGUUGAUUCUAAAUUGUCCAAGAUAGAAAAAGAACGUAAUCAACUUCAAGAAGAAAAUUCUGUUAAUGAGGAUAAAAAGUCAAAGUUUGCACUUGAGGAGGAAAUUGAAAAGUUGAAGGAAGAAAAUGAGGAAUUAAACCAAAAAGUUAUGGACAUGGAUGAUAAAUUCUCGGAAUUGGAAAACAAAUUAAAGAAGGGAAAGAACAGAAUAACCGAAUUGGAAGAACAAAUUGAUGAAUUGGAGCAAGACAAGAGAAGACUUGAAAAAUCAAAGACAGGUAAUGAACAAGAAACCAAGAAAUUGAAAGAGCAAAUAUCAUCAUUGCAAAAUUCUGAUGUAGAGAAGUUCAUUAUUGAAUCUGCAAUCAUCUACAGUCAACCUAGUGACUAUUUGGGAAGCUCUAAAGUUCCAACUCCAACCAAGGUUUUAUUCCUCUCAACUCUAAAGUUCUCUCCAGAAUCGAGUAAAUUCUUCUGUACAAAUAUUAUCAAGGCUCUGUCCUACGUUGUAGAUAGAUAUGCCAGAGAUGAGGAGAUGAUGAUGUAUUGGGUUAAUGUAUUAUACAGACUUUUGAACCUCUAUCAAUCAAGUGGAAACGAAAAUCAAGUUCAUCACUCAUUCGAAACAAUGGAAGGUGUCACUGUUCAAGCAAUUUUGGCAAAGGAAGAAGAACGUAUUUUGGCCGAACCACCAGUAUACUCUGUACUUGAGGAUGAUGAAGUUUAUGUUGCCGACAUGCAAGAAUUUACUGAUGCUCUUACUGAUAUUCUUGCUAGAGCCUAUCUCAAUCUCUGUUCCAAGAUUGUCCAAUUUUUGAAGGACAGAUUAGUGAAGGCGGUGUUCAAUCCAAAACAAGCUUCAUCCAAAUCAACAGAUGGUGGUCCAGAUAUGAGAUUGUGUAUUUCACUUCUUACUGAAAUCUACCAACGUGUUGAACAACAAAAGCUGGACAAACGUGUUGUUAAUCACAUUUUUGAAAAUGUUGCCAUGUGUUUGGAUUCAAUUAUAUUCAAUCACUUUAUCAAGGAUGCUUCUGCCUCCAAGGGUCUUUCAGUUAAGAUGAGUGUUGCCUUCCUUGAAAAUUGGUUCAACUCUAAGAAUGUUGUUCAAUCUUUGAGAAAACAAUUCCAUGACAAUGAGGACUUUGAUGAAGAAAAGUUGCAAGUUUACUUUACACUUUCUAGACAAGCAGCUGAUAUUUGUGUUAUUGCUCAAAAGCAAUUGCUUGAAGAUGAAGGUACAAGACAAGAGAUUUGUCCAGAACUUUCAGUCCAACAAAUUGCCUAUAUCUAUUCUAAUUAUGAAACAGAUGAGUAUUCAAAUACCACCUUCUCUCAACGCGAAAUUGAAGAACUCAUUGGCAAGAAGAUUCCAACACUGGACAAUGUUUUAUCCAAACCUCUAGUUGACUUUAACUAUUUCACUGAUUUAGGAUCCAAGAAGCCACUCCAAGCUAAUGUUUUUGAAUUUGAUAUGCUUGAUGGUCAUGGUAAGAUCAACUCUUUGGAAAUACCAAAGAGAUUUUUCCCUUCAAAGCUUGCUGAGCAACUCAACACUAUCCUCAAAUAAAUUAUUAAUCACCACUAUUUAUUAUUU